AUGCCUAAAGUCAUUGGUUACACGCCUCCAUGGCUGUCCAGACCUUCCCCGGGCGCAAGAAUCUUCUCAGAUCCAGCACCUCAAUCGCCCUCUUCUCCCUCCAAACGAUCCUCAUACGUGACUGCUCCUCCUUCCUCGAACGGCUACCAAGGCCCUCGAAGACUGAUUGCAAGUAGAGGAACAGAGAUAUUUACUGUCGUUGGCAAUAAAAUCCGCUGGGCUGAUCUGGCUUCGGUUCGAGACCAGUGGGAAGAAGGAUUUCAGUCUGGCAAUAGUCGCUCUGGCAAAUCUCGUGCUGCCGAUUCCGAUCUUGAAAAUCAUGCAUACCGCACGCUUGACGCCUCUAUCUACUAUCAAAUCCGCCAAAUUGCCAUAUCCCCUUCAGGAGUCUUCCUGGCAAUCUGUACUGAACAUACCGUACAUGUUGCAGUUCUGCCACCUUCGUCUAGGUUAUCGGAGUAUGAGCCUUCUCCCCUGAAAUUGAAGACCUACCAGCUAGGCCCUACAAUCCAUGUUAUCCCAGAGUCUCCACUGGCUUCCGUUCUAUGGCACCCAUUAGCUUCAUCGACUACAUCGACCGACUGCAUUGUCACUGUAACUUCCGAGGCUGCUGUGCGGGUAUGGGAGAUUGAUCGCUCCAAUAAAUGGGCCUUCGAACGCCCUGCUCUUGCAAUUGACCUACGAAAACUAGCAGAUGGUGUCUCUUGCGAUCAGGACUUCGAGCCCGCGGGAUUUGGCAAAACUCGCGGCUUUUCUGUCGACGAUUUUGAUAUGGAGGUCUCUUCUGCCUGUUUUGGGGGCCGAGGCAGGAGUGACGAAGAUCCCUGGGCGGCAAUGACGCUUUGGAUCUCGAUGCGGAACAGCGAUAUCUAUGCUUUAUGUCCCUUACUGCCAUCCAAGUGGAGACCAUCCGACACCACCAUCCCAGCUCUCUCAACAGCUGCAGUAUCGCGAGUUGCCUCCAUUCCAGCAGAUGUCACCGAUCAAGAUGAACGAAGAGCAGCCGACCAGCAAUAUGAAUGGGCAUCGGAAUUAGAUAGAGAAGACCUUCAACUUGUCGAUUCUGCUGACGGCCUUGAACAGUAUGAAGUGUGCUUGAGGCCGCAAAACCCGAGUGCUAUCCCCCGCCUGCAAGGUCCGUUCGCCGUACAGCCUCAAGAUGACGAUUCAGAUAUCGAGAUCUCAGAUAUCUUUGUGUUUCCUGCCAAAAUUGAUGAGCAAGAUAUCCUGUCUGAUGAGUAUGAGGAUGAUUCCUACACUGCAUCUAGCACAGUACCAUUUGCGACAAUAUGCGUGGCGACUCUUGAAAAUGAGAUGUGGUUUGCUAUUGACCUCGACGGCGUUUCCGGACAGUGGCUCCCCAAGAAAGGUAGAAGCGCCUUCGGACUGCCUUCAUCUGAUGCAAAGGAGCUGACGCUGAUCGACACUUUUGCCUUGGACAUUUCUUCUGAUGACCAUGUGGGCAACUGGCCAACCUUCACUGUCGACGUUGUUCACAAUUACUCCAUAUUCUUGACUUCAGCCAACAAAAUAUGCUCACUUUCACUCAACGACUGGGUCACCCGACUGGCCGCUGAACUCACUGAAACCGAAAUAGACGAUCCGGGGUUGAAGACUCGCCUAGAGACAACUGCUUCGAGUGAGGUCUGCAUCACCAACAAGAUAUUGGAGACCUCCGACCAGCCCUCUGGGUUUCUUUCUGCUCCAGCCGUUAUCGAUGAUACUGGAUUAGGUUAUCUCCUCUUGACAUCAACUCCAAAUACACCUUAUGCUGUGUCAUUCGAUCAAGCACAUCUGCGUGCCUCUACCAUUGGGCCAUCAUCUCCGGAACUUACUGCAAUGUCUUCUAGUCGUCCCAACGGCCAAUCCACAGAACAACGUGCAAACGACGAUAUCGAUGCUUUGCCCUCUAGAUCACCCUACGCCCCAGCAGGCGUCUUCUAUGCCAAUCACCUUCAACCGUUGGAAUACCUGCGUCAACGUCUUCCCCCGACCCUUAAGAGAGCCUUGGUAGAGAAGCCAAUGCGUUUGUCACCCGCCAUGCUUGAAAUAAUGACUGCGGCCCACCGGACAGUCAGUGUUCAAACUUCGGAAAUGGAGAAAGCCGCAGCAGAGCUAUUCCGUCGUUGCGAAAGAUUGAGAGAAGAACUUGGUGACCAAGUAAAGCAGAUGACAGAAUUAGCCCAGCGACUUCAACACAUUCAGCCGGGUGGCGAGGAGGACGAGAAUGGUCAAGCAAGGGCAGCGAAAAGCCACCAGGACCGAAUCACUGAGGCAAAAGAAAAGCAAGCAAAACUUGUCGCAAGGUACGAAGCAAUGAGGAGAACAGUGGGUAGACUUGGUGGUAAGAACCGAGAGUUGAGUAGUAAAGAAUCUGCAUGGAUUGAUGAAAUUGAUGUGUUGGGAUUGGCAGUCGGACUUGGCUCUGGCAAAGAGCAGGAAACACUCAACACCGACAAGGCACAGUUGGACACCAGAUUUGAUACGGUCAAAAAGCUAUCAGCUUCACUUCUCGACGAGUCUCGAAGGGUUGAGAAGCAAUUACGAGAUCAGCAGCAGCAGCAGCAGCAACCUCCUAAUAUUGACCAGAGUACAUCGUCUCUGUCGACAUCUACCUCUUUAUCACGAUCGCGUGCCUCUAUUGGCACAGCUGUCAGUAGUAUUGGCAGCGGAAGCGGCAGUGCCUUGUUGGGCGUUUCCAGCCGGCUCCAGAAGGAGCGCAUUGCUGAUGUCAUGACAAUGGUGGAACGAGAGGGUGCUGUUAUCGAUGCUGUCGUGCAUAGACUCGAUAGGUUGAAGGUUGAGUACUAG